UUGAAAAUUUCUGACCUUGUCUUAAAGGCAAAGCGAAAUAGUCUGUGUUUGUAGUUUUCCAGUUUUGCUCACAUGGUGUGCACGCCAAAUAUGACAUUACCAUCAACCCAAAUAUACAUUUAGAAUCGUCAAAUACAAUGUCAACAACCCAUCAGGAAUCUCUCCAUUCUAACUUCUAACCAUACUCCUCUGCUCAGUUGACCCCCUUUGGCCUCUUUCAUCCGUUCUUGGCAGUCUGGACAUCAAUCUUGAUUCUUCCCAAGAGGCUGAUCAAGCAGCACCAAGUGAUAUAGUUCUUUAUUCCAGGUCAGUGAUUUCUUCUUGAAGGAGGGAGUGAGUGAGUUACAAUCAUUUCAAACAACUAGACAACUUUUCAGAUUAUGAGUUCAGGGACAAAAACUGCCACUUCCAAUGGCAUUGAGAUCUCUGUGUUUCCAGAAGCAGAAAAGGAAAAGAUUAAUGAGGUAAGAAGGUUGAUUGGGCCACUCUCAGGCAAAUUGGCCCUUUUCUGUUCUGAUGCAUGCAUAGCAAGAUAUCUAAGGGCACGCAAUUGGAAUGUCAAGAAGGCUGUUAAAAUGCUUAAAGCAUCCUUGAAAUGGAGACGUGAAUACAAGCCUGAAGAGAUUCGAUGGGAGGAUGUUGCCCAUGAAGCAGAAACAGGAAAAAUAUACAGAUCAAAUUACAAAGACAAGCUAGGGAGGACAGUUCUUGUCAUGAGACCCAGAUGCCAAAACUCCAAGUCAAUCAAAGGCCAAAUCAAGUAUCUGGUUUAUUGCAUGGAGAAUGCUAUUGUAAAUCUUCCCGAAAACCAAGAACAGAUGGUCUGGUUGAUUGACUUUCAUGGCUUCAACAUGUCACAUAUCUCCAUCAAGGUGACAAAGGAGACUGCUCAUGUCUUGCAAGAGCAUUAUCCGGAGAGGCUGGGUAUGGCAGUGCUUUAUGAUGCACCCAAGAUAUUUGAGCCAUUUUGGAAGGUAGUGAAGCCUUUUUUGGAGCCCAAGACUGCCAACAAAGUGAAAUUUGUAUAUUCAGAUGACUCUAACGCCAAGAAGAUACUGGAGGAGUUGUUUGACAUGGAUCAGCUGGAGCCAGCAUUUGGAGGGAAACAGGGUGAAGAUUUUGACAUAAGUAAAUACUCGGAGAGGAUGAAGGAAGAUGAUAAGAAGGUGCCCUUGUUCUGGAAGACAGAAGGAGAUCCUGCUAUAGCCUCCCUGCCAGUCCCAGCCUUGGAUGCCAGUACUUUAGAGUCAGAUUCUGAUACUUCGGAUGGGAAAGCAGAUGGAUCAUCUCAUGAAGCUGAUACAGACGAUUUCCCCACUGAUAAUCCCUUGCCAGCAACUAAAGACCAUGGCAAUGGAGAGAAUGAUACCGAAUAAGUUGGAAGAACAAAGAACUUGGGAACACCCACUCAUUUCGCUGCUACCUGCAUAAAUACACAUUUUGCUAACAGUUCCAAUGACUGUGGCAUUUGGAAAAUCACGUUGCAGAGUUCAGAAUGUUCUUCAGGCACUCCAGACACCCUUUUUCCUCUACGAGAGAGACUGAGAAGAACUUCUGUAUGUGAUUGACUUCAUUAUAGGCCAACAUAAAGCAUGUCUGAGAACACGAGGAGAAGCUAAUGAUAUUCAUGUUUCAAUUGAGACUAAUAAAACUAACUUGGGACAAAAUCAAUGUUUGCUGACUUUCCAAGCUUUGAUUAGAUAACCCUGAUGAAUGGUGAAGACUGGCUUGCUUAUUGCAGGUGAAUUUGGUGAUAGUAGCAGGAAGUUAGCAUCUUUAGACUUCAAAUCACCGGGGGCAUUCCAACUUCAUCUUUCAUACAGUGAAAUGACAACUCUGUCCUUCCGAACCA